AUGGUACGGAAUGGGAAACUGUCUCAUACGUCGUGUCCAUUGCAUCUGAUAAAAAUUCAUUUAGCACAGCGUAUCGAAGGAAAAGCGUUUGUAAGGAGAGGUGCGCUAAGGCAAAAGAACGUACAUGAAGUAAAAUCGCAUAAGUUCAUUGCACGUUUCUUCAAGCAACCAACGUUUUGUUCACACUGUAAAGAUUUUUUAUGGGGUCUCAACAAACAAGGAUUUCAGUGUCAAGUUUGCACGUUGGUUGUACAUAAACGAUGUCAUGAAUUCGUCAAUUUUCAAUGUCCUGGUGCAGACAGAGGUGUCGAUACAGACGACCCUCGUCAACAACACAAAUGGAAAGUACAAACCUAUUCAUCGCCAACUUUUUGUGAUCAUUGCGGAUCUCUUCUCUAUGGUCUCAUCCAUCAGGGCAUGAAAUGUCAAUCAUGUGAUGCAAACGUUCAUCAUCGAUGUGUAAAAUAUGUGCCAAAUAUGUGUGGUACUGAUCAUACUGAGAAACGUGGUCGAAUUUAUUUGGUGAUUUGUGUAGAAAGCGGUGUUUUGCAUAUUCAUGGUGAGUACGUGGACAAGGAAAACGAAGACUGUUUUAUAGUGAAAGAGGCUCGUAAUCUCAUACCAAUGGAUCCAAACGGCCUUUCCGAUCCAUACUGUAAGCUGAAAUUGCUACCCGACGAUCAUAUGGCUAAGUCGAAAAAGAAAAGUCGAACAAUUAAAGCAACGCUGAAUCCGAUUUGGGAUGAGCAGUUUCAAUACGUUUUGGAGCCCGGUGAUAAAGAUCGUCGCCUUUCGGUUGAAGUAUGGGAUUGGGAUCGAACGUCACGUAACGAUUUUAUGGGUUCCCUAUCAUUCGGUAUCAGUGAACUGAUGAAAGAACCCGUUGAAGGCUGGUUUAAACUUCUGAGUGCGGAAGAAGGCGAAUAUUAUAAUAUCGGUAUUCCUCCAGAGGACGAGGAAGAAAUGGAACGAAUCCGUAAACGAAUGCAAGAACUGCACGCUUCUUAUGAUAAGGCAUCGAAUUCAUUCAUGCGUUUACACAUACAUUUUCCAAUUUCAAAAUCAAGUGUUCAUUUCGAACAACUCUUGUCAUUAUUCAUUAUUCAGGAAAAACCGAAAGCCAAAUUGUCACAAAAAAGCUUGCAACAGCAACAGUUGCUCUUUCAACAGCAACAACAACGAGAUGUCAUCAAAGCGUCUGAUUUCGCAUUUAUCACCGUACUCGGAAAAGGAUCAUUUGGCAAGGUGCUACUCGGAGAGCAUAAGAAAACGAAAGAAUUAUUCGCCAUAAAAAUUCUGAAAAAGGACGUCAUCAUUCAAGACGACGACGUGGAGUGUGUGAUGACCGAGAAACGAGUACUUGCGUUGCCCGAAAAGCCGCUAUUCCUUGUUACCUUAAAUUCAUGCUUUCAAACUAUGGAUCGUUUAUAUUUUGUAAUGGAAUUUGUGAAUGGUGGUGAUCUGAUGUAUCAAAUACAACAAGUUGGCAAAUUCAAGGAACCUGUUGCUGUAUUUUAUGCUGCCGAAAUAGCAGUUGGAUUAUUUUUUCUUCAUUCCAAAGGAAUCAUUUAUCGUGAUCUGAAAUUGGAUAACGUAAUGCUGGAAAAGAACGGUCAUAUUAAGAUCACUGAUUUUGGUAUGUGUAAAGAGGGGAUAUUCGGUGAUGCGACGACGAAAACCUUUUGUGGAACACCUGAUUAUAUUGCACCAGAGAUAAUUUUAUAUCAACCGUACGGUAGAUCAGUUGAUUGGUGGGCGUAUGGUGUACUGAUCUUUGAAAUGCUCGCUGGACAGCCUCCGUUCGACGGCGAAGAUGAGGAUGAACUCUUUACAGGUAACUUUGUUAUAAUGCAACUUAUAAGUGAUCAGCAAGUAGUCGGAGAUGCAUUUGCUUCGAUUAAAAUCGAGCAAAGAAUCAGUUUAUAUUCGUGUUUUCUAGCAAUAACCGAACACAACGUACAAUAUCCAAAGUCAAUGUCAAAAGAAUCUGUUUCGCUGUGUAAGGCUCUUCUGCAAAAGAACCCACAAAAACGUCUUGGUUGUGGACAAACGACCAAUCGAGACAUUAUGGUGAGGGCUCAAACUGAUGCCAUUUUCGACAGCAUGUUAUUCGCAUCAUCCACCGAUGCUUUGGUGCAGCCACCAUUCAAACCAAAAUUGAAAAGUGCAACUGAUGUUUCAAACUUCGAUUCCGAAUUCACCCACGAAGUGCCCAAAUUAACUCCGAUCGAUCGACUCUUCCUAAUGAAUCUCGAUCAAACCGAAUUCGAGGGAUUCUCGUUCAUCAAUCCAGAAUAUCUGCAACAUGUCUGA